AUGGGCAAGCUUGUGCAGAUCGUUGUGGCUAAAACAUUAAAAGAGUUCUACGAGUUCAAAGCUUCGCGGUAUGCCAAGGUCGAAGCGAAUCUGGCGCUCACUGUGAUCGAGGACGCUCCGCGCAGUGAUGACUUCCGCAAUGUCACGGAGGCGACUCAAUGCUUUACCCAUUGUUUAUAUGAGCAAAUGGGUCUGAUGCAUGACGGGGUCUUCGUGGAGCAAGAUUUAAUUGGUCGUCUGUCGGAGCUGAGUAAUCCCACCUGGUUGUCUCAGCACGCUUGUCAUUCACUACGCAGCGCAAACAAGUGCGAAACUGCCCACAAAAUUCACGAGUGCAAACAGAAGAUUCUGAAUGAAAAAUUAAACAUGGAGCAGGGGAAGUUUGAAGAAACUACGACACAAUUUACGACGACCACUCGCUACGAGAGCUAG